AUGACUCAACCUAAAUUUUAUGAAAUAAAAAUGGAAAAAUUAAUUUUUCAGGCAAAACUUGCAGAAUCUGCAGAAAGAUAUGAGAAUAUGUUUUGCUUUGUGAAAGGAAUAAUGAAGGAAGCUGAAGUUUUGGAUAAGGAAAUAAGAAAUUUGAUAACAGUCGCAUUUACUAACCUUGUGCGGCAACGUAUUAGCGAAUGACGAGUCAUCGUUGGUAUUGAGAUGAAAGAGUUAAGCCUUGGAAGAACAGAAAAAGCAUAUAUAUUAAGGAUAUACAGGGAAAAUGCUGAGGGCUAUAUUACUUCAAUUUGCAUGGAAGUUUUAGGGUUUGUUGAAGACUGGAUACAAAAGCAAAAUCAAAUCGAAGUUAAAGUAUUUUUGUUAAAAUUAAAAGAAAAAGCUUUCAGAAAUUUAGCUGAAUUUCAGUCACAUGAGCUGAAUAUAUGAAUUUAUGGAACAGAUUCUAGAGAUAAGCAGCUGAGAGCUGAAGAAGAAGCAUUUAGAUUAACAACACAAGAGCUUUCUCCAAUUGAUCCGAUAAGACUUGGACUUGCUUUAAGUUUAGCAGUUAUUUCAUAUGAUAUUAAUGGAGACUCUAAGAAAGCUCUAUCAAUUGCUGAAGAAGCUUUUAAUUUAGCUCUUCCUGAGCUUAUCAAUAUUCCUGAAGAAAACUAUAAGGACGUUACUCUUAUUAUGUCUAUGCUAAACCUCUUGAUUAGCCUGCAAAAUCUACGGUAAGCGAUAAUUUUUUUUUUAAAAAAAAGCUAAAUAAAAUAAAGAACUUUUUGUUGAUUAUAUAUUACAAAAAUCUAUAUUAAAAAAAAUUUUGCUUUCUAACAAGAUAGGCUAAUUUUACCAAAGCAGGGAUUUUUCAUGCUUUCCUAUCAUCCAAGAGGAAGUAAGAGACAACAUAACUUUAUGAUCCAAUGAUUUGUCUGACUAA